UUCUGUUUCUGGGUUGAGAGACUAUCAGUUCAGUUUGAUCCGGCGUUCCUUGAAGUCAUAACAAAAUGAAUUCCUCAUUUUCUCUAAUGUGCUUUGCACUGCUCCUGGUUAGUCCUUUGUGCUUCGGGUAUACUGAUGAUGAACGUGAGGCCGAUCGUCUUAGAGUGGCUGAAAUUAUCCGAACCUCCCAGGACGACGAUGCCAAAAUCGGGAACACCCAGAAAUUGCUUGACAUCUAUAAACGUUUAGCUCCAACUUUGUCGGAUGAAGACAGGGAGCAAAUUGAGAGCCUAAUUAAGGAGCAUACGGAUGAAAUAUUAGUCGAUGGAGUUCCGAGUCAAGGCGGACGGAAGACCAAAUACGUUGGAAAGAUCCUUACUCCAGUUGCGAGGGACCUGGCGACUGGAUUCUUUUCAGAGUUUGGUGCAAGCAUUGCUAGAUUAUUCACUGGUUAAUUUCAAUGAAAAAUCGUUAUGCAUACCAAAAUGUAAUUCAAAAAUUUCGAAUUAUGUAAUAUGUUUAUCAGAAACCUUGAAAUAAAAUCUGCUGCACACUGCA